AUGGCUCCUCAUCCUGGCAUCAUGCCAACUGAUCAGGCCUCGAUGAGCGCCGGCGAUGGGUCCUCCAGCUGCUCCCCCUGGGUCAAGCCGGGCUGCAUGAUGGAGCUCGCCAGGCUCGACAAGAUCCCGCCGCCGGAGUCGGGGCUCCCGUGCCCGCGCUGCCGCUCCGCCGACACCAAGUUCUGCUACUACAACAACUACUCCCUGUCGCAGCCGCGCCACUUCUGCAGGGCGUGCCGCCGGUACUGGACGCACGGCGGCGCGCUCCGGGACUUCCCCUUCUCCACCAGCGCCGCCCGCCGCAACAGCAAGCCGGCGGCGUCAAAUAAGCACCACGAGCCGCCGUCCAUGGUGGCCAGCUGCUGCGCUUCCGGGACAGGCGGCGGCGCGGCGUCGCCAUCCUCGUCCUCCGGCACCAGCGCCGCCGCUCCUGGCUACAUAAAUGCCGCCGUCGCGGCACCACCUACGCCCGCCGCUGGCCUUCUCGGUGCAUCAGACGCCGGCGUCACCACCGAGGCCGGUAGCUUCGCCGGAGGACAGAUGCAAGCAGCCAUGAUCAUCUGCAGGGUGCCCGGCUCGGCGGCGCUGACCACGGAACCGGCGGCGGCGUCCGAGAUGAUGGCGGGGAACCCACCGUUACCUUCAACGGAGACAACGACGGGGACACUGACGACGACGAGCUCGCCGGGAGAGUUCCUGGUGGAGAGCGGCCUUUCUCCUUAUUUCCUUGGUAGCGGCGGCAGCUGGGCAUGCAGCUACGGAUCAUGCUCCGCCGGCAACGACGGCGGCGGCGGCGGAAGCACCAGCUGCACGGCCGCUCCGGGCACGUCCGUGUGGCCGGACCCGUCAGGCCUCACCUCGUCGUCUUCCGGUACCAUACUGUGA